GCCGCUGCGGAGGAGGUGUGGCGUGAGGGGGCCGGUUGAAGGGCGUGGUCUUGAGCACGGCUACCCAAUGAAGUGCGCGCCUCCUGCAGCUCGCUGUUCCACUUGGCUGGGUUAGUCCGAUCCCGCAGGUGUGCAUGAGGAUCCGAGGGUCUUCGCUCGCGCUAUGAUCGCCUCUGCCCCUCUGCUCGUCCUGGGGGCAACCCUGGGCACUGCCUCGGGCAUCCUCGCCUUGUGCGGACUCUCUCUGCUCUGCAAGUCUUUCCGAAAAACGGAGGCAGUGGAAGGGAGCACCGGUGUGUUUCAGCCGAGCCAGCAGUUCAGCAUCCAAAAAUCCACAGAGCCUGUCCAGCCUAGAUCUCUCUUGACCUUCCCCCGAUUGUAUCGAGCCAAAGCUGUUGGGAUAUGUCCUGAGAUGGUUAAUUAUACACAGCAGGAUGAAAGCCCAUCAGCUGAGGGACCCGAGGAUGCUCUGACAACUCCUACCCUCCCCCACCUCCCCCACUCAAGUAUCAAUAUUCCCCUUCAUUCUCGUUUUCUUAGUUCAAUGAGUCCUGCAGCCGCUCUAGCUGAAAAAAAAGGCAAAAACAGCACAUUAGUGAGCUUGUGUGUAUCUGCUUGUUCUGUAGGCCUGCCAGGGAUGGAUCAGCCAGAUUGCAUGUCCCCCAGUGACUCACCUGAGACUCCUAAACUGCACUUCAGCCUGCAGUACAAUACACAGAGCCGGGAGCUUCAAGUCACCAUCAUCGAGGCGGAGAAAGUGUGCACAGCACAAGGAAGUGACUGCUAUGUGAUCGGCAAUUUGACUACCCUGUCCACCAGGAAGGAGGCUAAAACGACAGUGAAGCGUGCUCUCCCCCAGGUGGUGUGGCAGGAAACUUUGGCGUUUCCUCUACCGGAGGGCUGCGAGAUUGAAGGCGAGAUGGCACUGUCACUCUACAGUUGUGACACAUUCUCACAGCAUGCCCACAUGGGUGUCGUCAGGUUCAAGCUGGCUGAUGUGCCGAUGCUGUCAAACGCAGACUGCUGGGUGGAUCUUCAGCUUCCCAAAUUGGAUCGGAGCAUCUCUGCUGGUGAAAUCCUGCUUUCAAUAAGCUACUUACCUGCUGCUAACCGACUAGGAGUGGUUGUCAUGAAGGCCCGUGGCCUCCAGUCCGACAAAAUGAAGGAUAUCAUAGACCUUUCUGUGAAACUGGCAUUGAAACACCAGAACACCAAGCUCAAGAAGAAGCAGACCCGCAGGGUCAAGCACAAAAUAAACCCAGUCUGGAAUGAGAUGAUGAUGUUUGAAGUUCCUCAUGAGCUCUUGUCUCAGUCAAGUCUGGAACUUGAAGUUUUAAACCAGAAUCAGUGUAGUGAAGCCCUCUCCUUGGGACAGUGUUCCCUGGGUUUACAGUCCAUAGGAAGUGGACUCCAGCACUGGCAGCAGAUGCUGAGUAACCCCCGAAGACAGAUUGCCAUGUGGCACCCUCUGUAUGCAUGAAGCUCACUGAAAGAAGCAGUCAGGCACCCUCCUGUAGCUUCCUUUUCAAUCUGGAAUCCCUCAACACUGAGCAGAGCUGCCCAGAACACCAAAAGAAAUUCACCAAGAAAAACUCACAAUCUUCCGUACCAUCUCAUUGAUCCAGAUGCUCAGAAAUGCACCAUAUUUUUUGAGCAGACAUUUCUAAAACAACAUAUGUGGAAAUUUGGUGGCGUGCAAAAGUGGACCAAUGGAAAAGCCCAAUUUGUGGACACCGUGGACCUCCUGUGAAAUGACAGCAAGCUGAACAGACAGAAGAAGGGGAACGGUGGCAGGAAAUGUGUCCUCAUACGUUCACCAUUUCACGGGUAAAGAGCUGUGCCUCAAAAAAGAGAAUGUGGCAUCACAUUUGCUGCAAGGGAAAGCCUUGCCUUUUGGGCAGAAAUGUUACAGGCUUGCUUUUAUCUACAGAUGGACAAGGACCUGAAUUACCUCCUCUGGGAUACAAAAUGGAGAGAUUAUCUAUAUUGUCAGUACAGCUUCUGGUGUUGACAGUUGGUAGGUGAUCACUGCUAAUGGCCAGUAACAAACAUUACAGUACAGUGUUUGCAAAAUGUAGUCUUGAAAGGCCCAGACUAUCAGUACACACUUUGUCUUUGAUAAGGUGAAAGGCCUUAGUAGGCCACUGCAGCUAAGUAUUUAGUGUAGUAAUCCUUCCUGUACAUUAGAAAAAUGCAUCUCUUUAGGCAGCCAUCAGUAUUCUUUUUUGCUUUAUUUUGAGGACCACCCACCACGGACUGGAGUUCCAUCUGUACCACAAACACGAUGAUCCUUUUGCACCUUUUAUUUGCCAAGUUCUGUAGUUCCUGCCAAAUUGGCAGCUUUCCCAACAAAAACUCAGAGGGUGGAGACUCUAUAGUGAUUUUUUUUCACAGGCUGGCAACAUACAGGGAGUAGGAAGAUGGAAGAGAGCUGAAAGUCCCACCCAGACAUGCUGUUAAGAAUUCUUUAGCAUCAACAGGGGGUCAGCUUGUACAGUCACGUUUCAAAAGUCUUUGACGCCAUCCACUAAAUGCAGUAAUUUAUUGAACCAACAUACAUUACCGAAAAGCCUGCCCUUUUCCCAAUGGAUGUAUGUCUGUGCAAAGUCCCAGACUGCAAUGCUUGGAAAGCAGGAGUCCUUUAGAGACCACAAUGUCAAAAUUUAUCAUCGUGUUCCCGCAGCUCCCAAUAUCUUGUUGCCUCACAAUGAUUUCUUCCUAUUGACUUGGUGUCAUGUCUCCUAAUUUUGUGUUCCUUGAAGUGCAAUAAAUUUGUCUCUGAG